AUUUCAGUAGCUGGCACACUGUUGACCACAUAUUUAGAGAGAGAGGGGUAAGCUGCUUCUAAUCCUUGUUAGAUGUUAAGUGAUUUCUGGUUGUUGCCCAUCUUCUUAGUUCAUUCUUUUCUCUAUAAAUGACCAUCGGGAUUGCCUUGACGUAGGCAACGUUUUAUUACUUGCAUUAUUUUGUUGAAAUGAUGGAGAUCGUGAAGUUCAACGACGGUGAGAUAGCCUAUGAUUUCUCGCCCUUCUUUAAAGUAUACAAAGAUGGCUACAUAGAGAGAUGUCUGCCUAUUAUCAAAGUUCCACCUUCCCAUGAACUACCCACUAGUCUUCAAUCUAAAGAUGUUCUUAUCACAACCGAACCUCCUAUAUCUGCCCGUAUUUUCAUGCCCCAAAUGACCAAACUUAAUAGUAAACUCCCAGUUCUUAUUUAUAUUCAUGGAGGCGGGUUUGCACUAAGAUCCCCCUUUGACCCGAUUUACCAAAAAUAUGUUGCUUCUAUUGUAACAGAGGCUAAUGUCAUUGCUGUCUCCAUCGAGUACCGGUUAGCACCGGAGCACCCUAUACCCACGGGCUACGAGGACUCAUGGACAUCCCUCCGAUGGGUGGCAUCCCAUGCAAACGGGCAUGGACCAGAACCAUGGUUAAAUAUUCAUGGAGAUUUCAGCCGGGUUUUUCUGGCAGGUGAUAGUGCUGGGGCAAACAUAGCCUAUAACUUGGCAGUUCGCAUUAGAUCAGUGCUACCAAAGAUGAAGUUGGCCGGGAUGAUUUUGAUGCAUCCAUUUUUUAUGGGGUCAAAACUUGAUAAAAUGUGGUUCUAUCUGUGUCCUAGAAAUGGCGGGCUGAAGGAUUCUAGAUUCAAACCUGCGGCAGAGGAUAUGGCUAGAACUGGGUGUGAGAGGGUAUUGGUUUUUUUAGCUGGAAGGGAUAAAUUGAAAAAUGCUGGCAGGUCUUAUUAUGAAGAGUUGAAGAAAUGUGGGUGGGAAGGAAAUGUCGAGAUGGUGGAACACGAUGGAGUAGGGCAUGUGUUCCAUUUGUUAAAGCCUCGUUGUGAGCAAGCUUUGGAUAUGAUGAAACAGUUGGUUUCUUUUAUUAACCAAGAACCUGUAAUCAUCAGUUGGACAAGCAAGAUUUGAGGACUGAUCACGUCAAGGGAAAAAGUAAGAUUGAUACCAGUCUCUAUGUACUAUGGGAUAAGCUACUCUACUGUUCGGACUGUCUUAAAGUUAUUACAUCUGUGCAAGGAUGAUCUUGAUAACUGUUUUGUACCUUGUCUUUCACUUUCUUCCAUCACCACUUGCUAUAUUUGUAUUUGGUCUCCUGGGAUUGUUUCCAGCCUGCUGUUAUAGACCUAUCUGUACUCCAUGUUUUGAUCUAUAUUCUGCUGGUACGCCUAAAUCAAGAUUUUUCUUCUGGUACUAUAUACUGUCUGCUGUUAGAGUCCUUUUUUGCUCGUUAUGGAGUUCGGUAGAUGUAGGGUUCUUGACUUCAUUAGCUGUUUGGUGCUAUAAAUUUGGAUACGUGUUGAUGUAGUGAAGUGGAAUCUCUUUCUGUCUUGUUUGUAUGAAUUUGUAGCUGUUAUAGCUUUAUCUGUUC